UCUCAGCAGCCAAUCACGUAGCAGAGCGCCAAGAUUCACCCGAAACUUAAAAACAUGGCGGACAAAGACGAAGAAAUUUGCUUUAGAAAGGAAACGAUAAGCAAACUCCUGACUAGUUUCUUUAAGGAGGAUAAAACCAAACUUAGCAGUGAGGCUGCUCUGCUUAUGGCAGAGAUGUUAAAGAUUUUUGUACAAGAGGCUGCUAUAAGAUCACAGAAACAAGCUGAAUCUGAGGACUGUGACAAAGUGGAUAUUGAGCAUUUUGAAAAGAUCUUACCACAGCUGCUUUUGGAUUUCUAAAGUAACCACAAGAGGGAGCUAGAGUUCCACAGACAUGUUCCCACAUUUUAUUUUAUGCCUCCUUUUUUUUCAGUGUACCUGUAAUUUCAUAAUUACCAAAAUUUGAGAUGUAACAUCUUCUGUGUUUAUUUUUUACGUUUAGUCGUUUUUUAAGUACAGAGUGCACUCGCGGCUUCGCCACUUUCACCAACAAGGGCCACCUGUGCUCCUUUGCGCAACAACAGGUGCUUCCAGCAUGCUCCAUGGCGCCCUUCAUCAAAGCCUUCAGGAGCAGUUGGAAGCAAUUAGAGUAAUAAGGAGAGCAGCCAGUCCCUUAGAUGAUGACAAGUGCCAGGAAAAAAGGAGUACCCCCUCCGGCCACUUUGAAGUUCCCUUUUGCUGUCCUGGGAUGUUUGGUUAGGGGGUAGGGGGAAGGGCAAAAGGGGACCUCUGGCACAGGGGGAAAGUUGAAGGGGAGUGUGUUUGCACGUAUGUGUGCAUGUGUUCGCCAAACAUUGCAGGGGACCACACGCGUAGAUAUUCUGUUUGAAAGGAAACAUAACAAAACACGUUGGAACAUGGUCCAAGAGGAGCAGGGUGUAAUUCUGAAGGUAAAUAAACAAAAAAAAAAACGGCCAGUAGUAGAGGCUCUCUUUCUACUUUUCAUGGCAGCUGAAGAGGGAGCUGGGCCUGCAAAGAAGAGGCUAAUCUGGGGUUUCCCAACCCGAGUGGCUUUGAUGGUUUUCCACCGGCAAUGCUUUUUGACCAGCGCCUUUCGGUAUGAGUGAGCAUAGCUGCACAACACCUCACACUAUUUAUUUGUGUGGCUCGUGAGUGACUCACUGUGCUCGCAUUGAAGUGGAAGCAAUGGAGAGUCAAGAAUCCAGGCGCCUGGAAUUUGUGUCAGCAACUUAUUUUAGAACAGUCCCCAAAAAAUAUUAGGCCACAAAUUCUAUUGAUAAUUAAACAAAUGUUCCAAAUCAGCGUUGAUCUACUGUAUAAAAUGUGUGCAAGUGAAAUAAAAAUGUGUUGCUACCAUUA